UGAUUUCCUGAUUGGAUGAGCAGGCUGCGAGGCUCAGCAUGUGUGUGUGUUAUUGGUUCGCAUGAAGUUCUGCGCAGAAGCAGGAAGAGAAGCAGCAGCAGAGCAGCAGACGAGCAGCUCCAGGCGAACACCCUGCGGGAACUCCGUGCGUUUACUGCUCUUCUCAGGAAGCAUGUGAUGACCCAUGCACAGAAAAAAGCUUUCCUCAGCCAGUGUCCAGGUGAGGGGCGUGGCCAUGUAGAGGGCUGGUCACAUGGUGAAACUAUGGGUGGAGCCUGGCCUGCGCAUUCAUUGCGAGAAGGCAAGGCCAAGAAAGACAUGGUGAAGAAAAUCAAGACCAGCGGUCAGGAGAGUAAGUGUUUGGCAAAGCAUUCAAUGAAAAUGAAUGAAACUAAGACCAAGAAAACAAAGUCCAAUACUGUGAGUGAGGGCCAUCGGAAGCUCUACCCGUUACGAGGAAGAGGCGAGGCAUUGAGUUGCCAUGUUCUGCUCACUCGCCUAGAUGAUGAGACCAAGCUGUGUGAGGUGGAUCCCAACAGAGUUCCAGGGCACAAAAAGAAACCAAAACCCUUCAAGAAAGCAGAAAACAGCAGGGAGUCAUCGCAGGAACACCUCACAAUUAUUGAUAAACCUUCAGCUCAGGAGCCACGGAAACGUAGACUAGCCUCGCUCAACGCUGAGGCGCUCAACAGUCUUCUGCUCGAGAAAACCGACGGGCCACCAGGUGCCAAACUCACGAAGAAACAAGGCAGUGGUUCGUCCACUACAGAGCAAACAAAGACCGGCUUGAAAAGAGCCGAAAAGUCCGAGACGUGCCAAAAGCCCAAGCAGAUGAAGAAAUCCUCGACCGAUAAGACGCAUGACGCUGAAGUGAGUUUGUAUGCUCCCACUCCCAGACGCUUGGCUGGACUCAACGCCGCUGCACUGCUGAAGCUCACCAGCUCAACCACCGCAAACAAGCACAGGAUCAAAACAGACAGCAAGACCGUCUGUGCGGCAGGGAAGCACAAACCCAAAGCGCAGAGGUCCAGGAAACACAGCUGGAAGCGGCCUGAACUGGAAGGAGCCUGCGAAGUGUGUAAAAGCAGGAGCUUUGAAUCAAAACUGACUCCAGAAAGUCACUGCUUAGCUAAAGCAGGAUACCAUGGCAUGCUGGGAUAUCGUCCUGUGAAGCUAGUGAAGGAGGAGCCGGUGGAAGAGCUGAGUCCUUACCACUGCUGUCCGCCGGAGAGCUCGGUGGAGUAUUGCCACCGGCUGGCGCUCUUCCUCGGGCAGAAGGCAUAUGGAGAGGGCGAGGAGCAUCCGGUGGUCAAGCAUGAGUGCCUGGUUCCAGCGCAUCCGGCCCUGACGCUCAGCGCCCAUCCCUGCCUGUGUGCGGAUCCAUGCUACUCCAGCUACUACGUCCACAUCGCUCAUCCCGGGAUGACCAGUCUGAGUGCUCAGACGCUGCCCUUCUGUCCACACGGCCUCUCCGGGUCCAAGCUGCUGGCCUCCUCAGGUAUCCUACACCCUGCCUUCUGCGGGUCAGUGGGGUCGCCCUGCUGCUGUGAGGCCUGUCGGGUCAGUGGAUACACCUUCAGCGCCGUGCAGCCAGUCGCCAGCAGGACCUGCUCGUUCUCCAGCUGCAGCCAUCCAAUCAAAACAGAAGAGGAGCACAGUCGCACGCUCCUCGUUCCCCAGGCCCUGCCGCGCUCUGGAUGUCCCAGCAUGACCCGAGCGACCUCCCCGGCCUCCCUUCUGUCCACGAUGUCUGACCGCAGGCAGGCAGAAGUCCGGCUUAAGGUGGCCACAGAAUGCCCUCAGAACACCAAGCCAUCCAAUGACUCGCUCACUAUGGGCCACAGCUUAUCAUCCCAGAAACAACCUACAACUAGUCCAGCAAGUGCCAAACAGCAGAAGAAGGCCACGAACGGAUGGCGUGCCGUCGGAGUCCCGACAGAGAAGGAGGUGUUUAUUGCGGGCGAUGACGAGACAGUUCUCCGUCAGUGUUAUGAAGGAGUGGAGCGUGACGGAGAGGUGAUCCGGGUACGAGACACUGUGCUCUUACGAUCCGGACCCCGCAAGAAAUCCCUGCCUUACGUGGCCAAGAUCUCAGCUCUAUGGGAAGACCCCAGAACAGGAGAGCUGAUGAUGAGUCUGUUUUGGUACUAUCGGCCGGAGCACACGCAGGGCGGCAGAGAUCCCAGCAUGCACUGCGAGAACGAGAUCUUUGCCUCCCGUCAUCAGGAUGAGAACAGCGUGGCCUGCAUUGAGGAGCGAUGCUUCGUCCUGCCGCUAGCACAGUACUGUAGAUUUUGUGCCUUGGUGAAGUGCCGCUCGGAGGGCGUGUCCGGCCACGCCCCACUGGUGCCCCACCCCUCUGACAGUGCUGGUCCCGCCCAUCGACGGGUGCCCCGCCCCUCUGACACCACUGGCCCCGCCCACCGACUGGUACCCCGCCCACCUGACAGCACUGGCCCCGCCCAACAUCAUGUGCCCGACGGCAUCGACCCGCAGCUGGUGUAUCUGUGCCGGCACGUCUACGACUUCCGCUACGGCCGCAUCCUCAAGAACCUGCAGUGAAACCGUUAAUGUGUGUCCAGUGGAGACACCAGCGUCCGGUCAGCAUUCAGAGCCAUUAGAUAAUCUGCCUUCUUCAUCUCUUCUUCAGAGACUCUGUCCAUCAGCUCGCUGAAGGUUUGGUGGUUCUCUUCAACUCCUUGUCAUGCACACUGGACUGUCACACUGCUGAAGGAUGAUGGGAGGAUCUCUGAAGGAUCCAGAACACUGAUGCUUUCACAAAACAUCACUCUUAAAAAUAAAGGUGCUUCACGAUGCCACAGAAGAACCUUUUUGUCUCAAUGGAAAAAAGUCUUUAACAUCUGAAGAAACUUUCUGUUUCACUAAAGCUUCUUUGUGGCGAAAGAAGGUUCAGAUUAUAAAAAGG